GGGUUUGCUCCUUUAGCCUGUUUAUCUCUCCUGACAUUGCUAGUCCUCAUCCCUGCUGUGUCAGUGCCUCCUGCACUGGGGCAGGGAUGGCGUGGAUGUCUCUGUGCUGGGACUGAUCUGACUGGGCGGAGCAAGGAGAGCAGUGCACACACACUGGGAGAUAUGGUUGAGCUGAGGAAGGGUGGGAAAUGGGUGCUGUGCAGACAGAAGUUGAUUCCGCAUGUUAUAAAUAGGUGAGUUGUAAGUGUCCCAGGCCAGUUACACAGCAGGGAUGUACUUGUGCUGCAGCCAAUAACCAUCUGCUCCCAUUGCUUUUGGACUGAUGUAACAGCUCCAGCUCUGUGAGCUUCCCAUUUUAGGUGUAGUUUUAUUUCUUUAUUUCUUUGCUGCUUGUUCUUCAUAUUUCUUGAUAACUCCCUUUUUUCUGCCCAUAAGUGACAUGCCAAAGUUUGUUCUGGUCCUAUUCUCACUUACACUGCAACUUUUUGUUUUUCUUUUGUGACAGGAGAAGUCUUUUCACCUUGCUCCCUUUCCCCUCCAGCCUUUGCUUCCUCAUGUCUGUGCUGGGAGAUGUUUGUACAGUGGCAGAUUUUUCUCUUGCAUUUUUAUCUGUGGUCUUUGUGUGCUGUGUCAGCCCUGACCAGAUGUGCCAAAACCAGUAGACUGUGGGAUCAUCACUGUCACUGCAGCCAGCUCCUGUUCUUCUGGUGCUUUGUCUCUUAGGUCUCUUCCCUUCCUGAUCUAUAUCCUAGUAGCCUAUUCUUCCUAGCAGGAUUAAUAUAUUUAAGUUUCUGUCAUGCAGAUUUUGCUUAGUCUCUGCCUUUGCCAUCCCUGGGGAAGGACGUCUACUUUCCUUGGUUCUCACUCCCUUAGGUGAUGGGACUAUAGAAUGAAUUUGUCUUGUGCUGUGUCAUGAGGCUGGGUUGUAAUGGGAUGUCUCACUCUGCCUCCAGCCUACGAAGCUGCUUCCCCUGCUAUGAUGCCAGGGCAGAUUCCCGACCCGUCCCUGACGGCUGGCGCACUGCCUGGGCUCGGCCCCUUGACAGGACUGCCUGGCACAGCCCUGACUGCUGAGGAGCUGAAGUGCGCCGAUAUCCGCAACAUCGGGGCCAUGAUCUCACCGCUCCACUUCCUGGAGGUGAAGCUUGGGAAGAGACCCCAGCCCGUGAAAAGUGAGCUGGAUGAGGAAGAGGAGAGGAGGAAAAGGCGCAGGGAGAAAAACAAAGUAGCAGCAGCACGAUGUCGUAACAAGAAGAAGGAGAGGACGGAGUUCCUGCAGCGGGAGUCCGAGCGCCUAGAGCUCAUGAAUGCUGAACUGAAGGCCCAGAUAGAAGAGUUGAAACAGGAGAGGCAGCAGCUGAUCCUGAUGCUGAACCGGCACCGUCCCACCUGCAUCGUGCGGACAGACAGCAUCAAGACUCCCGAGAGCGAAGCCAACCCGCUGCUGGAGCAGCUAGAGAAGAAGUGAAGGUGGCACUGGGCCAGGAGGAGGAGACAGUGGCGCAGGGUGUUCCAGGGUCUCUAAUGUAUGUACUGUAUGAAGAACUGUGCACCCAGACCUGGUGCAGUGAGGACCCAGUGGGCUUCCUUGGGAACUAUGGACCAAAUAUGGGGACAGAGAAGAUCAGGAACCUGCCAACCAUGUACUCUGAGGCUGAACCUGGGAGCAGGGCUAGUGGCACCAGUGAGGGCAACCUCCCUGUGAUACCUCAUCACAGCCCUCCAGCCUGCUCGCAGCCCUGGGGACUCACGAUGCCACAGCAUGUCCUGCAAGGACCACACACCCUGUGGGUAGCAGGGGCUGCAGGCAGAGGAGUGGCAGCUGCAUGGUGCCCACUAGCACCCUGCCCAGAGGCUGCUGCUACUCCUGGAGCAUGCUCCAGCAGGAAACCCAAACCCAAGAACCACAAACACUUGAUGCAGCCCCGUUUGGUGGGCAGGCCUGUCGGGGCUUGGUGGCGCAGGCGCCCCCCACAAGCACACUCAGUAUAAUGUUUACAGCCCAGCUGUCCGUGUCGGCCGUGCUUUUGAAUGCACAUUUUUACACUUUUUUAAAGUAUUUUUUACAAAGUUUUUAUACAGCAAUCUCUAUAUGGAUUUAUAUAAUCACUAGAUGUGAUCCUAUAGAAAUGUAUGUUAUGAUGGUCUGUUUGAUACAAACACAUAUGCCACAGUUAUCUCCAUUCUGUCACUUGUCUGGUAGCAUCCAGCUCCUUUCCUGGCAUGCUGGGAACGGGGUCCAAGCUGCCCUCUGCAGUGGUGUCGCUACCUUCUCCAUCCAUGUAUGUCCUUCAUAAUAUUCAGUUCUGUAUCUCUCAGUAAAUGUUACAUUUGCGUA